AUGGCUGGAAUUGGAACACGGCUAGCGUCUGACCCUCCUCUUUCUGAGUGCCCAGAGCCAAUUGCCAUUGUAGGGAUGGGCUGUCGGUGGCCAGGCGGUGUUGAAAAUACCUCAGAUCUGUGGGAAUUAUUGAAAGCGAAACAAGAUGGUUGGUCUGAGUUUUCGAAAGACCGUAUCAACCUCGACGGAUUCUACCACCCCAAUGGGCAACGACCGGGAACCAUGUACACCAGGGGUGGCCACUUGCUCCACGGAGACACCCGCGACUUUGAUCACAGCUUCUUCGGUAUCUCGGCCAAAGAAGCAAUGGCAUUGGACCCCAGCCAGCGCAAACUGCUGGAAGUUACUUAUGAAGCAGUUGAGAAUGCCGGAGAAUCACUCGAGAAGUUCUCCGGCUCCAAGACUGGUGUGUUUGUGGGAAAUUUCAACAAUGAGCACCAAAUCAUGCAGUAUCGAGACCCAGAUCACACACUACCAUACGUCGUGACAGGAGGCGGUCCUACGAUUUUGAGUAAUCGUAUCAACUAUGUUUUCAACCUUCAAGGACCUAGUUUGAUGGUUGAUACGGCGUGCUCCGCCUCCAUGUACGCUUUACAUUUGGCCGUGCUGGCCAUUCGCAGCGGGGACUGCGAGGCGGCUAUCGUUGCCGGGGCCAACGUCAUCCUUGGACCGGACAAUCAAAUCUUCACCACCAAGCUCGGAGCCGUCUCGCCCACGUCUCGCUGCCAUACCUUUGAUAUAUCAGCCGACGGAUAUUCUCGGGCCGAAGGAUUUGGUGCCAUCUACCUAAAAAAAGCUCUCCGACGCUGCGAUCCAAUCCGCGCGGUUGUGCGUGGCACCUCGUUCAACGCCAACGGCAAAACGGGUGGUAUUUCGCACCCAAGCCCUGAUGGCCAGGAGGCUGUCAUUAGACAGGCUUACAAGGCCUCUGGUGGCCUGAAUCCAGAUUUAACGGGAUACGUCGAGUGCCAUGGAACGGGGACGCCAGUGGGUGAUCCAAUCGAAGUUUCCGCUGUCGGAAGAGUCUUCUCCGCAGGGCGGAAAGAUGAACCCUUGUUAAUCGGAUCGAUCAAACCAAAUCUUGGGCAUAGCGAAGCGGCCAGCGCCAUGUCACAGAUCAUGAAAGCAGUCUUAUCAAUGGAGCACGGAGAAAUCCCAGCCACUAUUGGAAUUGAAAAUUUCAACCCUUCAAUUGACUUUGAGGGAGCAAGAGCCAAGGUUGUGACGGAAAUGACCCCAUGGCCUGCCCACCUGCUUCGACGAGUUAGCGUCAAUAGUUUCGGGUACGGUGGAGCCAAUGCUCAUUGCGUUCUAGACCACCCAAGCACAGUCCUCCCCGGCUAUCGACUGCGAGGACUUCCCAAGGCCAGAAAGGAGGCUCCAAACGGACUACCAAAGGCAAAUGGCAACGGUAACCUAAACGGUAAUGGCCACCUGAAUGGUAACGGCCACCUGAAUGGUAACGGCCACCUCAAUGGCAACGGCCACCUGAAUGGUAACGGUGACCUGAAUGGCAACGGUGACCUGAAUGGCAACGGUGACCUGAAUGGCAACGGUGACCUGAAUGGCAACGGUGACCUGAAUGGUAACGGUGACCUGAAUGGCAACGGUGACUUGAAUGGCAACGGCCACCUGAAUGGUAACGGUGACCUGAAUGGCAACGGUGACUUGAAUGGCAACGGCCACCUGAAUGGUAACGGUGACCUGAAUGGCACUAAGGACCAUCAUAGCUCUGCUGAGAGUCUACCGUCGCUCAGUUGGUGCCAACCGGCGAAACUCCAUCAGAUUGAUGGAGCGGGGACCCGUCCGUUAAUCUUGCUGCCAGUCUCUGGCCACGAUGAGCGUGCGUUAAAGGCCCACUUCUCGGGACUUGCCAGGUCACUGGAAAGUUACGAUCUCGCUGAUCUACUUUAUACCUUGGGAUGCCGGAAAUCGACAUUCCCUCGCCGUGCCUUUGCCAUUGUCGAUUCCGAAGCACCAAUCGAUGGACUUAACUCUGACUCGAUGAUCUCUGGAAAAGCACCGAGUUCCCCGGUACGACGAAUUGGCUUCGUCUUUACGGGACAGGGAGCUCAGUGGCCACAAAUGGGUGCACAGUUGUUGAAUGAAUUUGGAGUCUUCAAACGCACAAUCCAGUACCUGGACGCCACGCUCAGCAAGCUGGAGAAGAAGCCCAGCUGGACGAUUGAGGGUGCACUUCUGGAGCCGGCAGCCACAAGUGAGAUCCAUGAUCCGGCCUUCUCACAGACUCUAUGUACUGCUCUGCAGAUCGCUUUGGUGGCUCUGCUCAAACAAUGGGGAAUUCACCCGAAGGCUACUGUUGGGCAUUCUUCUGGUGAAAUCGCUGCUGCCUAUGCUGCAGGGUACCUGAAGGCAAGCGAGGCCAUUGUUCUUGCGUACUUCCGCGGUCAAGUGGUGGUAACCAACCAACGAAAGGGUCUCAUGAUGGCCGUUGGUCUGCAGCCAGCUCAAGUUGUUCCCUACUUGGAGGGCAUUGAGGGUGAUGUCAAAAUUGCAGCCAUCAACUCGCCAUCUAGCGUCACACUCUCUGGCGAGCCGGAGGCAAUUGAGAAACUGAGCAAAACCAUGAGUGACGAAGGUAUUUUUGCUCGUGUACUGAAGACUGGCGGCAACGCAUAUCACUCCCACCAUAUGCGAGCCCUUGGGUCAGCAUAUGAAGAGCUAGCCACCGAAGGCCUUGGCCAAGUCAAGUCAAUCGUGGAGAAUGAGCCAUCAAACCCGAUCGCGAAGUGGGUCUCAUCGGUGACAAUGAAAGAAGUAAGAGAACAGCCUUCUCCUGCUUACUGGCGACGCAACCUCGAGGCCCCCGUUCUCUUCUCGUCCGCAGUCGAGAGGCUCGCUGAAGAUGGAUCUCUCGACCUUCUAAUUGAAGUUGGGCCCCAUCCAGCCUUGAGCGGCCCGUUGAAGCAGAUCCGCUCCAGUCUAGAGAAGACCGGUUCAGCCCUCCCGCCUUGUCUGGGAUCCCUCCGUCGCGGCGAACAUGACGUAACCAGCAUGUUGACCCUUGCUGGCAAUCUUUUCAUCAGCAAUGCACCAAUUGACUUGGUGGCUGUCAAUGCAACCGAGAAAUCGGAAGAUGUGAUUCAUCUCUCUCAUGGCUUCCCUUGCAUCGAUAUGCCCCAGAACAAGUACUCGUACCCGGAAACACCAGUUCACUACGAGAAUCGGUUCAACAAGGAGUACCGUACCAGAAAGCACCUGCGUCAUGACAUUCUCGGCGCCCGAGUACCGGGAGGCUCAAAGACACACCCGCAAUGGAGAAACGUUCUGCGCUUGAAAGACCUUCCUUGGCUUGAAGACCACAAGCUUCUUCCACAUGCCGUUCUUCCAGGCGCGGCGUACAUGGCAAUGGCUAUCGAAGCGGUCAGUCAGUUGCACUACGAGGCGGAGGAUGCCUCUCCGAUCAAGUCCUUCCAGCUUCGUCAGGUAGCAAUCAAUUCGGCGCUCCGUGUGGAAGACACUGAGCUAGGUGUUGAAACAGUGCUCAAUAUGGAAAGAUUGCCUUUGACGAAUGCAGCCGUCAUGUCGCAGUGGUACAAGUUCAGUAUUGGUUCAAUUUUACCAAACAGCGAUGAGUGGACCCAGCAUUGCACUGGAACAGUCUCCGUGGCCGCCGUGAAGCCCUCAAUUGACGAAAGCCAAAAGCUCAAAGCUGACCCCCGUUCGAGAUCACUUGACGUCACGCGUUGGUACCGGAGCUUUGAAGCGGCGGGUCUGGGCUAUGGCCCGGCCUUCCAGGGUCUGUCUGAUCUGAAGGCAUACCGUGGCUCUAACGUUACAACGUCCAGUGUCUCCCUGCAGCCCACAGCCGACUUUGACAAUGAAUCCGAAUACACCAUUCACCCGGCAACUCUGGACACCUGUAUUCAGCUGGCCUUGAUAUCGUGCCACGCGGGUCAGGUUGAGAACUUUGAGAAACCAUUCGUCCCUAUUUUCGCCGACAAUAUGACGGUUUGGGUUCCCGAAUCUCCCCACGAGCAGCAGGCUUUGGGAGUGGCCAAGGGAACGAUCCUUGGUCUCCGAAGUGUUUACGCGCGGGCUCAGCUUUACAGUUUGUCUGGUGCUCCACUCCUAGACAUUGAGGAGCUGAAGUGCGUGGCCUAUGAUGGAGCCUUGGAUGCUUCCACUUCGAACAUGGUGCGUGAACCGUACUGGCAACCGGUGGAGAAGGUCGACAUCGAGACUUUGACUCCCGCCAUUGCGGAGGCCAUGUUCCCGCCAAAGGAAAUCGCGUCAUCAACUGUUACUGAAUUGGAGACUCUAUCCGCUCAUAUCCUUGCAAGUAUCGACGAAGAGCUCAGUCGCGAUUCGAUCCACGACAAGACUCAGAACCAUGACAGCUUCGCGAAAUGGGUAAAGUCGUGGGUAAGCUCUCCCGAGCGGCAAGAUCUCCUGAAAACCACCAGAGCAGAGAGACUAGCCAUCAUUGAAAAGCUGGCUACGGACAACUUGCACGAUGUUCCAGAAGCCAGAUGCCUCAAGGCGCUGCGCGAUAGCCUGAACGACGUUCUUGGAGGAACAACCAACAGUGUCAAGGUGCUUUUGGAGAACAACCUCCUCACAGACUUAUUUGCAUCAGGAAUCUCUGUUAGCGGGGCAUACUCCCAACUGCGGCAAGUCGUAGACCUGCUAGCUCACAGAAAUCCACGAAUGCGGAUCUUGGAAGUCGGCGGAGGCUCAGCUGGAGCAACCUCGGCUGUCCUCGAAAUGUUGGCGUCGAAUUCCACGUCGAAGAGAUUCGAAGAGUAUGUGUUCACUGAUGCCGCACAGUGGCGUGUUACGGAAGCAAAGUCACGAUUCGACGGUCAUGAUGGAUUACUGUUCCAGAUGCUUGAUGUCUUACAGGACCCUCUUCCCCAAGGGUUUGAAGCUCAUUCGUUUGAUCUGAUAAUAGCCGCCGGUUGCCUCGGCGAGAUUGACUCUCCCGACGCAGCAUUGAAGCAAAUCCAACCUUUGUUGAAACCGUCGGGAUCACUUGUGCUGCUGGAGACUACGCGCGCAACGACAGCUUCCGAGGUUCUUUCCCGCACAUUGACGGGUAAAUGGGAACACGAGCAAAUUAACCGUGGGAAGGCUGAGUGGAACAACAUGCUGAAAGAAUGCGAGUUCUCAGGGGUCGAUCUUUCUCUUGAAGAUUAUACAGGAGACCAACAAAUGACGACUGUCAUGCUCUCGAAAGCCCCUGGGGUCAAAUCAGAUGCUCCUUUGAAGCAAGACGCAAACAUCUUCCUACUUUAUCGAGAAUUACUCCCUUUGCUGGCUGAUGUGGCGGCGAAGGUCUUGGCGAAUCAAGGCUUCAAUGUCAUCCCGAUUGAACUGUUCUCCGGGCAUGAAAUCCCACGGAACUCUAUGGUCAUCAGUUUCGUUGAUGUCAACGGCUCCAUCCUCACCUGUCGUGAUGAGUCGUACUUCAAAGCGCUGCAGACGAUUGUGUCGAAUGUGUCGGCAAUGGUGUGGGUCGCAGCUGAUCUGAUCAUCCCUGGAGAAUCAUCGAUCAUGAAGGGCAUGCUGAGAUCCAUCGCCACUGAAAACGUAUCAUCAAAAUACGCUUUCAUCGAGUUGGAUUUCGGCGAUUACACAUCGGACGCGAGGACUGCCGAACUAAUCGUUGGUAAACUGAAUGAGUUACAGGUGCCUGAGCCUUCUGAGAUUGUUGAUCUCGAGUGUGUGCUUCGAGGAGGUGCUUUCCAUGUGGAGCGUUUACUGCCAGAAGAGACCCUCAACAGCCAAUUCUACCUGCGCAAUGGGUUCGAAAACGACAUCGAGGAACGCGCUGUGGGUACUGAACUACCCAUAAAGGCGCGUUACGGACAACCUGGCAUGCUCUCAUCACUGCACUUCACGAGCGACCCAGACUUUAGCAAGCCGCUAGAGGACGACUGGAUUGAAAUCAAAACUGAAGCCAUUGGACUCAACAUGAAGGAUAUUGCUGUAGCCACAGCACGGUUUGAUCUUAACAAUCUGAGCACCGAAGGAGCCGGUGUGGUGACCAGGCUAGGCUCUGCUGUGACGUCCUUCAAGCUAGGCGACCGAGUCUUCGGCAUUAUUCCCGGAAACAUGGGUAAUUACCUUAGAUCUCCAGCUUCUGUGGUCUCAAAGAUCCCCGAUCAACUGUCAACAGACGGUGCCGCAUCCAUGCCAGUGGUCUAUCUCACCGCUAUCUAUGCUUUUAAGCAUCUGGGAAGGUUGGCCAAGGGUGAAUCCGUCCUGAUCCAAUCCGCAACCGGUGGUCUUGGAAUGGCAGCUAUUCAGAUAGCUCAGUCUCUAGGCGCAGAGGUUUAUGCAACCGUGGGUACGGAUGAGAAAGCCAAGAUACUUGUCGAUGAAUUUGGCAUUCCAGCCUCUCACAUCUUCAAUUCUCGAAAGCUGAGUGCGGUUGAAGACAUUCUGAAGGCCACCAAACAGAAUGGUCUCGAUUUGAUUCUCAGCAGCUCCGGUGGUGAUUUGAUGCAUGAAAUGUGGAGAUGCAUCGCACCGUUGGGUCGUUUCAUUGAUGUCGGUAGAACAGAUGUUCUCGGAGGUGGUAAGCUUGGGCUUGAAGUAUUCAACAAGAAUGCCACUUUUUCAUCGUUUGAUAUGGGCAAGAUCUAUCGACAAAAGCCAGACCUUAUAUCCAGAUUGAUGACGGAGAUGACGGGGCUGAUAAACGAAGGCGUCAUUGGUCCCAUUCGGCACCUGACUCCUUUCUGUAUCUCUCGCCUGGAAACCGCUAUGACUUCGUUUUCCAAGGGAUUGCACACCGGAAAGUUUGUCAUAACUUUCCGCGAUCCGACUGCCACACUGAAGAUCGCGCGGCCAGUAACUCGAGCCGCAUUUGAUCCAAAUGCCACAUAUCUUCUUGUUGGCUGCCUCGGCGGUCUUGGUCGGAGUUUAUCCGCCUGGAUGGUCGAGAAAGGAGCUCGGCAUCUGGCGUUCCUCUCCCGGUCUGGGAUCAACAAGUCUGAAGCUGUCUCGAUUGUGGAAGAGCUAACCGCAGCGGGCGCUCAGCCAGAAGUCAUCCAGUGCAACGUGACUGAUCAGAAUGCCCUCACUUCCGCCGUAGAGAAGCUGUCUGCGACGCGGCAAGUGAAAGGAGUUAUUCAUGCUGCAAUGGUGGAAGGAGAUGCGCUCUUCGAAAAUGCCGCUUGGUCCCAAGUACAGAAGGUCCUUGAGCCCAAGGUCAUGGGCACCAUCAACCUUCAUCAUGCCACAAAGAAUCUCCCACUUGACUUUUUCUUGAUGACUUCCUCCAUUGUGGGAACCGUGGGUACACCCAGCCAAGGAGCAUACACAGCUGCGAAUGCAUUCCAGGACUCGUUCUCCAGGUUCCGUCAUUCGCAGGCGCUACCUGCCACGACUCUUGGCCUCGGGUUAAUUCUUGAAGUCGGCUCUGUCAGUUCUUCUACCGCGUUCCAGCAGAUGCUUCAGCGCAAUGCCACCUACGGCGUGUCAGAAACCGAGUUUUUACAGCUCCUGGAAGGUGCACUUUGCAAGCCGCAUCCCUCAUCCUCCCCACGUGACGGCAGUUACCCCGCGCAAGUGGUGACUGGGCUUGAGCCGGCCCGUUUCCUGUCCUACCUGGAGAAUGAUCGUGUGAACGAUCUUGUAUGGUAUAACAAUGCCCGAUUCCAGGGAGUUCGGCAGGCGAUUUCCGAUCGGGCUCAGUCACUUGCCUCUGCUGGAAGCAACUCGUCAGGAGGCACCUCUUCGAUCGCUACACAGUUACAAAAUGCGUCGACACCUGCUGAGAAGCUGGAGAUCUCUCGUACGGCCAUCACUACACGUCUCGCAGACCUCCUCGGCGUAGCAGCUAAUGAUAUUGACUCUAAUAUGCCGGUCUCACGAUAUGGUGUGGAUAGCUUGGUGGCAGGAGAGUUGCGGAACUGGCUGAUCAAGACUUUUGGCUUUGAGGUUUCAAUGCUGCAACUUUUGAGCAAGAGUGGGAAGAUCGAGGACUUGGUUAAAGGUGCUGCCAAGAUAGAUGGUUAG